AGCCUAUAGAUUCAAACAUGCAUUGUUAAAUUUUUAAAAGGUUUUAUUUAAAUCAUGAUGGCAUUUUAAAAGUAAAAAGUAAAACUAGACCCCCCCACACACACAGUCAAAACAUAACACACAAACUAAUUUAUUAUAAAAUUUUCCUUUUGAAAUCCUAAAAUCGUGUUUACCUUGAAAUUAAUGAGAUCAAAGUGGACUAUCUGUAAGCAGCCAAAAAUGAACCCUUUCAGAAAGACGAGCUGUCUCUUAUUAGCAAUAACAAUCUUUAUUAUUUCAUCACGCUCGGCUAUAUCUCAGCACUCCGCUAAAAGUGUUCCUGGCAGAGUCUGCAGGGUGUGGCGCAGAAACGAACUUAUGAAUGUAUUUUGGAGAAAAAAGAAACACCCAAAAUCCUCGGCAAAAAAGGAGAAGAAAAAGCGUACCCCAGAUGUCAUCUGAAUUUAUGUCUGUAAUUACCUUAUUUUAAUAACACACAGAAUAAAAGAAAGAAAGAAAGAAAGAGAGAGAGAGGGGCCCUCAGACACGCUUAUCCCCACUUACUGCCAAGUGCUUUGCCAAGAACGUCUGCGUUUGAUGUUGUUUUGUUUGUUAUCUGGGUGUUUCUUUCCUUCUUCCUCUCUCUCCCCCAUCUCUGUCUCUUUCUCUCUCUCUCUCUCUCACUCAAUGCUAUUAUGUCUGUCUCUCUGCUACACCGGACUUCACUGCUCCAACACACUUGCGUCACCCCCGUCGAGCCCUCCAGUAAUGACAGUCUGGAUUUUGAAAAGCAAAGAUGAGUCACUGUAGUCGGGAUGAUGGGCAAUAUGAGGUCGGGGAUCAUCAUCGCAGCUCUGGACAAUAUUAUAGCACUAACUCUUAAGCGAACUCAGCCUCUCGAGAGUUUUCGAGAACCAGCUACUGUACCUCAUCAAAAGACGUCUGUUGGGGACAUUAGAGUGCCUGGCAAUCUGGGAUGUUUUAAGGACAACGGCGAUCCGACUCCUUUAUCUGGAGGUUACCAGACCUCCACCGCACUCACCAUUCAAAGCUGCAUCAGUUUCUGUCGCAACCAAAGAUUCAAGCUUGCCGGUAUGGAAUCAGGCUAUGCUUGUUUCUGUGGUAACGACCUUGAUUAUCAUCGUCACGGUGAAGCCCCGAGCACAGAGUGUAACCAUGUGUGUUUCGGAGACCACACCCAGCCCUGUGGAGGAGAUGGUCGUGUCAUAGUCUUUGACACAAAAGUAGGAGCAUGUGGAGGAAAUUACUCUGCGUCCUCUGGAGUGAUCUACUCCCCCGACUUCCCAGACAAAUACCGAGCUGGCAGGGUCUGCUACUGGACCAUUCAGGUUCCUGGCGCGUCUGUCAUUCUGUUCAAUUUUACCUUUUUUAAAAUUGUGGAUCAGACGGAUAUGGUGGAACUACUGGAUGGUUAUUCCAAUCAGGUGGUGGCGCGAUUCGACAGGCGCAAUCCACCACGGGACGUCGUGAACGUCACUGGAGACUUCGUCAUUGUGUACUUUUACUCGGACAGGACGAAUGAAGCGCAGGGCUUUUCUGUUCUUUAUCAUGCUUUGAGAAAUCAAGGAGUCGGUCCAAAUAAAGAGGAUGAGGAAGGUGACGAAGGACACAGCACACUGAGGCCAAAUACAGGAAGCACCACAGCAAAACCCAAUACCAGUCAGAGCGGAAAAUCCUCCCUCCUCUACUAUGUAAUCACAUCAAGUCCAGCAAACAUGCCAGGUCAGUGGCAUGGAUCGGGUCGGACCACGGGCCACAGCACCAUGUGGACCAUCUACGCAUUAGCUGCCCUGCUAACGCUAACAGUCGUAGCCAUGGUAGCUAAGCUGCUACUGCAUCUUACUGUAAAAUCACCGUCCAUUCCCUCAAUCAGCGGUUCGGAUUCGUGCGCCCAAAGCACCACGUCUGAACCUUGGAUCAUCUUUUACAGACCUUCGACCAUCUCUCUGUUUAAAAAGAAACUCAAGAAUCAUCACGGAGACCUCAGUCCUCUUGUGGGAAACUAACUUUAAUGCCUCCGACCUCUACGGCUGCUACUUACUAGCCCCACGUAAUGAAUGCACACACUGUACGCAAAUUGGGCUAUGAAACGGGAACUUACCGCUCCCAAAUUAACUUAAAAUAACCACCGCAAGUCGAUUGUUGGUAAGGAACUUAUGGACCGAGCUUGAUGCCGAUGCGUUGACUCCCGAUUUGCAUCUCAACCAAUCACGAACUCCGUGACAGGUGCACAAAUAAACAGAUUGAUUUGAUUUGCAAAGGAACGAGAUGUUUCUUUCGCCAAGGCAGAGCAACAAAACUUUUUUCAGGGUGGUUUUUCGGGCUGAGACACUAAAAGACAAAACCACUUACACAAUGCCACUGUGCCCAACCAAACCCUCUGGAGGAGAGAUACGAUCCCUUUCCAUCCCCCUACGAUUGCCUCGUAGGUCACCUCUUGUUGGGACAAGGAUUAAAGUCACAAAAUGUAUCGGACAUUCAGGAUUGAAGUCACCUGGGAAAAAAUCUUGAGGGUGUUAGACUCUAGCUGAGCGCCAAAUCUUGCAUUUGCUACAAGAUGGACCGCUCCGACUGUCUUUUGUUAUAUUUGGUCUGUUGAUCGUUGUGCCUUUAAGUGCCUUCAGGACUGAGAAAAGCCUUUUUGUCUUCUAUGUUGUCACAAUGUCUGGAUGAUGUAAACAAGCGUUGAUCCUCCAGAGCUUUGAAUUGCAAAUGAGAAUAAGCACUGGGUAUUUUCACAAGAUUAAUGUAGUCCUGUGGGUGUCAUUGGGCCGUAUUGUUUGUGUCGGGGUUGAGCAAGGGACGCAUCGUGACGAAUUUUGUGUCAUUCUGUGUGGGAACGAUAAAACGCCAUUUGGUCCCCCCACCAAUUCUUUCAAAACUGUUUGCUCUUUCUCCCCGUUUACCCCAGCUUUAGCUUUCAGAUGUUGAAGCACUUCUGCAGUCGGCCAAACCUUGCAGAUCACGUUAAACUUCCAGGUGCGAGGAGUGAGGUCAUUCCUACAAGGAAACAUGGGAACUUUAAUAAUUUUGCAGGUGCUUUAGUCACAAGAUUACAGAAGAAUUGUUUUGUACUCAAUGAGCUCAUGUUUCUGUAUGUUUUAGAGAUAGAGUCAUUUUAAUGUUCGCUGGAGUACAUUCGCACUUGCUGACUAAACAAUUUAAAGGGCCAGUACACCCAAAAUCAAAAAUUGGUCAUUAUGUUGUUUCGAACAUGCAUACUUUAUAAAUCUAGUACACAGCUUUUUUCCAUGCAAUGCCAUUCCUGUCAAUCACCAAAAUGUCUUUUUUGCAUUGAAAAUUUACAGAAAAUCUAUUUGAAACAACAAUAGGAAGAGUCAUUUUAUUGUGGGGUGAAAUAUUCCUUAAGUCGCCGGCUACAUUAUGCACUUUAACUUAUUACUGAAGUACUUAUCUUGUGUAAUGAACAACCAAAAGCAUUUGUACUCUAAAUAUUUUAUUUCAGCAUACCCCUUCAAUCUUUUGAAAAUCAAAGCAAAUUGCGAAAUAGUGUUUAACGAUCUGUAAUAAGACCUCAGUUGAGCAAGCCACCCACCCAACGUGUCCAGUUCCUGUUCUUCCUCAGUCCAAAUGUAUUUGGCUGACCUGAUGCUGUAUUUGGGUUGCGUUCUCAUAUGCACUCUGUGUUAAUCACAGCAUAAAUACUUCAUAACCAAAGUUGUGCAGUGCCCAGGGCUGCCCAUGCAAAAUAAAGUGUCACCAUUCACAGAUAGAGCGAGAGAGAGGCUGUCAAAUCACAGAGAGAGACAAAUCCAAAGUGACAUAAUAUGUCAAACAAGGUCGUUUAUGUUUGGAAAGACCGGUGAAUAAUACAGAAUCCAUGCAGGCCUGAAUGCACUUUUAGCAGUGGAAAAAAAGUGUCAAAUUUUUCUGUGGUUUAUUAAAACGUCAGUGGGCUUUCCUUCGGAGAAACCACGAUGGGAGUCCUAGGUUUUUGGGGAGAGAAUACUUCCAGGGAUAAUGAAAAGAUGUUUUCAUGGAAUUGUAAAUAAAAUAGUGAGAAUUUUAAUUUAUACCAUAAAUUAUUGUUACUUCGGAUGUAAAAUGGGAUAUAUUCUAUCUUUUGUAUAAGUACCUUUGUAGUUUUUAUUUAAUGUGUCCUGAGUGCAAAAAUAAAUAUGCAUGUUUCUAA